ACAAUUUUUUCCUUACCAUAGUAACCCUUCCACUUGACAGCUGAGUAUAUUAUUGGCAAAGCUACAUUUAAAACUUUUCGUUCAAUUUUUUAAUGUUUUAAAAAACUGUGGUUUAACCAUCCGGCAAAAUGUCUUACCAGUUUUGGAUUGAUUAUUUAAAUGCUGCAAAAAAGACAUCAUUCAUUAGUGGAAAAUGCAGAAAGAUCUUAUAUGAAUUUCCGGAUGGAAAAACAAUGGCAGAAGAGUAUAGUUUAGAUACAGGGAUUGUUCAGCGUCGCUCCUGGAAAAAAUGUAAACAACUUACGGGUGAACCAGAAUGGGAAAUGGAAAUUGGUGAAAUACCGCGACAAAUUGGUCAAAUCAACAAAAACUCAACAACCGUUUCCGAUUUUAUAUUGAGGGAAUCUGACUCCCAACCUGAAUUAUCUAAACGCGUUACCAAGAAAUGUAUUGAGUGGCGUAUACGUUGCCUGCCUUAUCCUGCUUCUGUUUAUGUUGUAAAAGUUAAUGCGGAAAAACGAACAAUCGUUGUCAGCACAACAAAUAAAAAAUACUAUAAAGUAAUUCCUAUGCUUGAGUUGGAUCGUUGUGGAUUACAACCCAAACAAGAAAAUUUAGAAUGGCAUCAUCAAUAUAAUACUUUAAUUAUAACAUAUAAAAAGCCAGAUUUGGUGAUGGAAAUGGAUGCUCAAGUGCUAAUGCUAUUGAAAAAUGUAGAGACGGAAGGUGAUGUUUCCGACUUACUACAAGAAUUAUUAACCUAGUAAAAUUAAGUUCAACAUCUUUUGCUAGUAUAAUUUAAUGAAAUCUAAAUAAAAUUUUUUAUUUUUGAAAA